AUGGCUGACAUUGCCAAAAUGUAUAGGCAAAUCUGGGUCGACGAACGAGAUACCCAAUGGCAAUGCAUUUUCUGGCGCCCUACCUCUCAACAACCACUUACCACAUAUCAGCUACAAACAGUUACUUAUGGUACAAGUUGCGCACCGUACCUUGCUGUAAAAUGUCUACAACAGCUGGCAAUUGAUGAAGCGAAAACUUACCCAAUCGGAUCAAAGAUAACACUAAGCGAUUUCUAUGUAGACAAUUUAAUAAGUGGCGCAGCUAGUAUCGGUGAGGUCAUCGAAAUCAAAAAUCAAACUAUAAACUUACUUAAUUGCGCGGGGUUUCCUUUACGAAAAUUUGCAUCGAACGUAUCCGAAAUUGUUGCCGAUAUUUCACCAGAAGACAAAGAAGAGACAAUUCGUUUCCAUGACACUGAGUUUGUAAAAACGUUAGGGUUAAAAUGGUCACCAGUUGAGGAUUGCUUUCUAUUUCAUUUGGUAGCGGAUAAUGGCGUUAAAACUACAAAGCGUUCAAUUCUAUCAAAAUUGGCAAGUUUUUUUGAUCCGAUAGGUCUCCUCAAUCCUUUGAUUGUAACAUGUAAAAUUUUGAUGCAACAACUGUGGAAGCUGAAGUCGCCAUGGGAUGAUGAGGUCCCACCCGGGAUCAAGGUUCAUUGGGAGCUAUUCAAUAAACAAUUACCGCUCUUACAAACAUUAAAAAUACCCAGGUAUGCUAGUAUUGAUAUCGAUACUAAACUUCACGCAUUUGCAGAUGCAAGCACUAAGGCAUAUGGAGCAUGUGUGUAUGCAGCAUGGAGCGAUGCAUAUGGUGAGCAUUCGUCACUACUCUGUGCUAAAUCUCGAGUGGCACCAACGAAAGAGAUUACAUUACCUAGGCUAGAACUUUGUGCAGCCCUAAUGGCCGCAGAACUGAUGUCAGCAGUUAACAACAUACUCAAUCUUCCUGACGCAAAUGUGUACUGCUGGUCAGAUAGUACAAUUGCGCUUGCUUGGAUAGCAGGUGAACAGUCGAGAUGGAACGUUUUCGUGGCUAACAGGGUAGCAAAAAUACAGCAAUUAACGAAAACCUUUUCCUGGAAUCACGUACCAACAGACCAGAAUCCCGCUGAUAUUGUAUCACGUGGAGCAUGUGCCAGCGAACUUUUACAAAAUACACUUUGGUGGCAUGGACCAGAAUUCAUCCAACUGAGCUGUGAUUAUUGGCCUUCAGCAGUGCAUGUAUCACAAAACGAAUUACCAGAACAGCGGCUUCAAAGAACUGCAUUAAUUGCUAUUCCAACUUCUGACUUCAUUAGUAAACACAAGUAUGUUAAUAGCUACAUGAAAUUGCUGCGAAUUUUUGCUUAUGUAAGUCGAUUUAUUCGUGGAUGUCGAAAGCAGUCAUCAGUUAAUGAUUGCAUCAACAUAUCGGCACCUGAAAUGGAUGAAGCAUUAGAAUUGAUAUGCAGACACAUUCAAAUAUUUCAUUUUCAGAAGACAUCCACGCCAUUGAGAUUGGAGAACAACAUCGCAACUCAAAGCUAA